CCGCCAUGUGGAGUGGAGCAGAGUGUUCAAAGCUGCGAGGGGCAGCUAUAAAAAUGGCAGCCAUGGCUGCGCGCAGCUCCUUCUCCUGGACCUGUCUUCAUGUUUGUGAAUUUCAUGCAGCUCAAGACCAUGUGCGUGAACAGAUCUCGGCUUCAAAGCCGAAGAAAAACUCACACGGGCACCAUUGCAUGGAUGAAGCAGAAGCAAGUAGCUCCAUCAUGAACUCAAAACGUCCUAUUCUUUCGAUUUUCGAUAUUUACGAAUCUAAUAUCAAGAUACGAGAUUUAGGCCGCCAUGGCAGAGUCAAGGAAGCACGGAAACUGUUCGAUGAAAUGCCUCAACGAGAUAAUGUUUCUUGUGCUUCAAUGAUCACUGUUUAUCUCAAGAACAAUUGUCUUCACGAAGCCGAGAAGCUCUUUUGGGCAAGUCCCGUUACAAAUGUUGUGGUGGAAUCUGCCAUGAUUGAUGGGUAUAUGAAGGCUGGUCGUACGGAAGAAGCUCGUUGUAUAUUUGAUAGUAUGACCCAGAGAAAUGUCUUCUCCUGGACCAGUUUAAUUUCUGGGUACUUCAGAUUAGGAAAUGUUGAUGAAGCUCGUCGGCUGUUUGAUCAGAUGCCUGUCAAGAACGUGGUCUCGUGGACUGCUGUAGUUGUAGGGUACGCUCGGAAUGGUUUGAUUGAUGAAGCUCUCCAUGUGUUUGAUCAAAUACCUGAGAAAAAUGUUGUUGCAUGGACGGCAAUGAUUAAGUGUUGCAUUGAGAAUGAUCAAAUCAAUGAGGCGGUUAAGCUCUUCAAAGUUAUGCCUCAAAGGAAUUUAUAUACUUGGAACAUAAUGAUCUCGGGUUGUCUUGAUGCUAACAGAGUAGGGGAAGCUGUUCAACUCUUCGAUUUGAUGCCUCGCAGAAAUGCAGUUUCCUGGACUACAAUGGUGACUGGUUUGGCAGGAAAUGGGAUGACUAAACAUGCCAGGAAUUACUUUGAUCGGAUGGUGGAUAAAGAUAUAGCUGCUUGGAAUGCUAUGAUCACGGCAUAUGUAGAUGAAGGUGCAAUUCAUGAAGCUAAGGUGCUCUUUGAAUCAAUGCAAGAGAGGAAUGUUGUGACUUGGAAUGUUAUGAUUGAUGGGUAUGCACGACAUGGAUCCGGGGGUGAAGCUUUGAGGCAUUUAACAUUCAUGCUUCGAUCUGGUUUGAGGCCUAAUGAGACUACCAUCACUAGUGUUUUGACAUCCUGCGAAGGCAUUGUUGAGAUCGUUGAAGUUCAUGCCUUAGUUAUUUUUCUUGGGCUUGAGCAUGACACAUUGCUUAUGAAUUCUCUUGUUACUAUGUAUUCCAGAGGUGGGGAUGUUAAUGCUGCUAAGCAUGUUUUUGAGCGAAUUGAGUUUAAGGAUGUUGUAUCGUGGACUGCUAUGAUGUUAGCUUGUUCCAUUCAUGGAUUCGGGUACGAAGCAUUAACUGUCUUUACACAAAUGUUAAAAUCAGGUUUGAAGCCGGACGAGAUCACAUUCGUAGGAAUCUUGUCAGCUUGUAGUCAUUCUGGUCUUGUCACAAAAGGUCAAUGUUUAUUCAAUUCGAUGAGUAGUGCUUAUGAUUUGCAGCCAAGGGCUGAGCAUUACUCCUGCCUUGUGGACAUCCUAGGUCGAGCAGGACAAGUGAAUGAGGCCAUGAGAAUCAUUACCACAAUGCCUUCGGCUGAGUGCGAUGGUGCUGUUUUAGGCGCAUUGCUUGGUGCUUGUAGGUUACAUGGCAAUGCAAAACUUGCAAGCCAAGUUGGAGAGAAGCUAAUAGAGAUCGAGCCAGCAAGCUCCGGAGGGUAUGUGCUAUUGGCUAAUGCGUAUGCAGCGUGUGGGAAGUGGGAUGAAUUUGCGGAAGUGAGGAGACUGAUGAAGGAGAGGGAAGUUAGGAAAGUUGCUGGUUUUAGCCAAAUAGAAGUGAAAGGGAAGAAUCAUGUCUUCUUUGUGGGUGACAAAUCUCAUCCCCAGGUAGAAGAAAUUUACAGGCUGUUGCUGGAUAGAUUACUACCUGUCAUGCAAAUGGAAAAAUUAGUAAGUCAUAUAUGAAUACAAGUAUGUUGAAAAAUCCUAUACGUGUGAUUGGAUUAGAUUUGAUGAUUCACUGUUGACUGAUUUAUUUGGUCUGAAUCAGACUGUAUAUACAUCUGUCAUGUACAAAUUAAACUAAUCAAUAAGAAAUUUUGUAUGUAUUAACUGUAAA